CCUCUGAUCAGCUGACUGUGAGUGAGAUGCUCCGUUGAAGGACCUCCGAGUCAAAAACCCGCUGUUAUCUGCGCUAUGUGCGGGAAGCUGCCUCUGUUUGACUGAGAUACACCGUGUGGACCGAGCGCUGAGGCCGUUAAACACGUCGUAACUUCCUUACAUCAGCGUCACAGGGGACAAAAUUCCUGCCAGCAGCCAUGACAGAAUUCUGGUUGAUCUCUGCUCCGGGGGAGAAGACCUGCCAGCAGACUUGGGACAAGCUGAUGGUGGCUACUACACGCACCAACAACCUCUCCACUAACAACAAGUUCAAUAUCCCUGACCUGAAGGUUGGAACUCUAGACGUCUUAGUGGGCCUCUCAGAUGAACUGGCGAAACUAGACACUUUUGUGGAAAGUGUGGUGAAAAAAGUUGCUCAGUACAUGGCUGAUGUUCUGGAGGACAGCCGAGACAAAGUCCAGGAGAACCUACUGGCCAAUGGAGUUGAUCUGGUCACGUAUGUCACCAGAUUUCAGUGGGAUAUGGCGAAAUAUCCGAUCAAACAGUCACUGAAAAACAUCUCUGAAAUCAUCUCCAAGCAAGUGACUCAGAUAGACAACGACCUGAAGGCCAGAGCUUCAGCUUACAACAAUCUGAAGGGAAACCUGCAGAAUCUGGAGAGGAAGAACGCGGGGAGCCUGUUGACCAGAAGUCUGGCUGACAUAGUGAAGAAAGAGGACUUUGUGCUGGACUCAGAGUACCUGAUUACCAUGUUGGUGGUCGUCCCAAAGACGAGCUAUGCUGACUGGCAGAAGACAUAUGAAACACUGGCUGAAAUGGUUGUGCCACGCUCCACUAAGUUGCUGUUUGAAGACAACGACAGUGGUCUGUUCAGUGUCACCCUCUUCAGGAAGGCUAUAGAUGACUUCAAACACAAGGCUAGAGAAAACAAGUUUACAGUGCGUGACUUCCAGUACAACGAGGAGGAGAUGAAGGCAGACAAAGAAGAGAUGACGCGCUUGUCCACUGACAAGAAGAAACAGUUUGGGCCUUUGGUACGAUGGCUGAAGGUGAAUUUCAGUGAGGCCUUCAUUGCGUGGAUUCACAUAAAAGCUCUGCGUGUGUUUGUGGAGUCAGUACUGAGAUAUGGGCUGCCAGUCAACUUCCAGGCUAUGCUGCUUCAGCCCAACAAGAAGAACAUGAAGAAAUUGAGAGAGGUGCUGUAUGACCUGUACAAGCACCUGGACAGCAGUGCUGCAAUCAUUGACGCCUCCAUGGACAUCCCAGGGCUGAACUUGAGCCAGCAGGAGUACUACCCCUAUGUUUACUACAAGAUCGAUUGCAACCUUCUGGAUUUCAAGGUCUAGAUACAUUAUCAUCAUGUGCAGGAGUGUUCUGAUGUGACACUUUCACAUCCACAAACUUUAUUUUUAUUCCAGACUUUUUAUGUGUGUGUGUUCUUCUGUGUUAUGUUCCUGGUACAUUCCCGGGUCUGUUAGGAAUCAGAGUGCUGUUUAACGACAAUUAUUAGGAUCCGAUAGAUUUUAGAGGUAAAUCAUGACUUCUGUUCUAAUGUAUUUGAAUAUAGGCUUUCUUCUUUGUCCUUUUCUGUAUGUCCCACACUAAGUGAACAGUUUCCUCCAUCUGAGUAGUUGAUAUUCCCUCAUUGCACCAAAUUAUAUGUAAAAUAAUGUGUUUUUACUGUCCCUACUCCUGUACCCUACUUUAUAAAAAGUAAUAUGAAAGGUACACAUGGAAGAAGUGGGGAUAAAAAUCAGUGUAUGCUAACUGUAGUAUUUAUUUUAAGCCUCUAAAAUCAGUGAAUAUGUUUGUUCAGUUUUUCAAAGUGACGUGUUUAUAGCUCCAUGUAAGGAAUGCCUGUUUACAAGUAUAUAUUGGCUGUUGUUUCUCCUUUCUUUAAGCUAUAACCCAUGAAACACUGAAACUGGUCAUUUUAUGGUACAAAGAAGCAAUAUGUUUGCUGGUCGUAUGCUCCUGAGAUUUUUCUGUAUAUUAAGGCAGUUUGAGAACAAUGAAUAAUGUGUAUAUGUGCAAAUACUGUAUUGUCAGUAUAACUAUAAAUUAAACCGCAUAUUUAAAUAAAUGUGAAAUUAAAUACUCUAUGAAA